CUGAGGACCAUGAAUGUGAGAUGGUCACCAAUAAAUCCAGUAGGGAAUUCGGGAAGCAUUGGAAUAGUUGCUGGAAUUCAUGUGAACAUGUUGAAGAGAAAGAAGCCUCAUAGGAAGCGUAGCAAAGCAGAUUCGAGUGACCCAGUUGCCUAUAAACAGCGCAGUAUUGUUGGAAGUAAAGUGCAACAUGGAUGGAGGGAGAAGACGGGAGUGGUUACCCAGUGGAAGGGCACAGUCUUGGACCAGCUGCCAGUUAACCCUUCGCUCUUCUUGGUAAAAUACGACGAUUUCGACUGUGUGUAUGGGAUCGAACUUUUCAAAGAUGAGAGGGUCUCGGGACUUGAAAUACUGCCUGACAAAAGUGGUCGAACAAAAAUAAUGGAUGGUGAUUUGGCAGAGUUAAUAGUGGGCAAAGCAGUGGAACACAUGUUCGAAAAGGAUGAUGGAUCCAAGAAUGAAUGGCGAGGGAUGGUAUUAGCUCGUGCACCUGUCAUGACUACUUGGUAUUAUAUCACCUAUGAAAAGGACCCUGUUCUCUAUAUGUACCAGCUACUUGAGGAUUACAAAGAGGGAGAUCUCCGCAUCCUGCCAGAUUCAGAGAACAAGCAAGUUCUGCCGACUGAGCCUGGUGAAGUGAUCGAAAGUCUGGUGGGAAAGCAAGUGGAGUAUGUCACCGAGGAUGGCACAAAGAGAACAGGGUUGGUGAUUCACCAAGUGCAAGCCAAACCAUCAGUCUAUUUCAUCAAGUUUGAUGACGAUUUUCACAUUUAUGUGUAUGACUUGGUCAAAACCUCCUAGCUGCAUGCAACGCUUGUCAUUGCCUUCACUAAGAGAUUUUACUGUGAACUGUGAGCUGAUCACUGAAGAGACUUGUGUUCUUUAUGUUAGCCCUCCAUGUGUUUAUUUCCAAGACUUUGAAAGGUGAAGUAUACACAUCCAUCUUUUGACAUUUCCCCAGCACUUGGCUCAGCAUGGUGUUUGUUGCACCAACCAUUAUGAUCAUUACAGCUUCCGUGGGUUGUAACGUUGUCUGUGAGGCCAAAGGAAGGGUCCUUCGCUGCCGAGUUUUGUGGUCCCAGCACUGUUGGACUCCUGAACUUACAAGGCUAAGUUUUUUUUUUGGUUUCCAGUGUGAUCUUUUUGAUGGGAGCACUUUGUGCAAGGGGUUAAAUGUGACUGCGGUCACCUUGGGCUACACCAGGCACAUUCCCUGUUGCUGACUAUGGCUAGGCUCCUUCCUUUUGGGUGGAGGGUGCAAUGGGGGUAUAGGGAAUACAUUGACCAAAUUAGGCAGUAGAAUCUUGUUAUAAAAGUGGGGUCAAAUAGAUCCUAAAUUGUUUGAAAGAUUUAUGUUUGUCUUUAAAAUGUGUGAUUUACCCUAGAUAGAACAUGUUUUCUAAUUUUUGUCAAAAGAACAGAGUAAAAGAAACCAGAAUUUAAUCUGGUUGUGCUGAGGGGUGGGAAUAGUUUUGGGUAGGGAACUACAUAAAGAUAUCUUUAUGGCAAUUACUUUUCUAUUUCUGAUUGGCUAUGACAUCUGGUGUCACGCAUGCUGAUCAACUCCCUUGCAGAGCUCCCUGUGUUUUGCAUCCAUUUGUUAUAACGCACUUUUUCCAUGUCUCACAUAGAUCCCAUGUCAAAGUCUGUGUGUGAGUGCAUGUGCGCGUGUGUGUUUGUGUGUGUGUGAGGGAGAAUCAGUCCGUCAUAUCUACCAUGUUCAGGCUAACAGAAAGAAUAUUGUCUCUUGGUUGUGCAACUUUUGCAAGAUUCAUCGGAUAUCGAAUUUGUCUUUAUUUUGUGUCUUUGGCUUUGUUUUAAAGGUAAAUAACUAUAAGUAGCAUUUUGGAUUUAAUGGCCUUAUUCCUUUUGAAGCAAAACUCUUCCAGUUUUCGGUCCCAACUCUGUGCUUCUGUGUGGGAGAUGUGCUCUCCCAUGUUCAAUCACUUCUGUUUUGAAUAUAACUAAUAAUUUAUAAAGAGGGCUAGAAGGUUUCUCAUGGGGAACCAAGCUGCCACCCUCCAUCCCACUCUACUCUCCCUCCCCUCUUUAUAAGAAAAAUCUUUGUGUAUCAGCCAGAACUCUUGUGCAACUCCUAAAGCACACUUAGCUGCUGCCAUUGCACCCAACCAGAAACAAUCCUAUCUCCCCAUACCCCCAAAAGAAUCAGGGGGGUAGGAGGGGGCAGGGUGUUGUAGCAGUGAAGUAUAAUACGAGACGUUAAAGAUUUCACUUGGUCCACUUGAAGUGUGGAAGAUUACCCCUGGUGAAGUUGUUGACUUUUCCCUUGUUCUGUCUCUGAACUAGAUGGGAAAAUUCUGUCAAUGGCAGUGUGAACACGGCAGAGCACUUGAGCUGCUCCAGUAGGAGCCUUUCAGAAGGAGAAUACUUGUUGGGCAUUCUCUCUCCCUUGUCAUCAGAGCAGAGUAGCUGCACAAGUGAGAUCACUCAUGGCGAUUUUGGGAUUUCCCUGUCCCCAUGCAUCGGAGCAGGAGAGUCCUUGCUGAUUAAGUAAUGUCGGUGAAGGAUGAUAGCCUCAUUGACAUUUCCCCACAGAAUCCAAGUGUGCAUGCUUUUAUCCAUGUGUGGUAAAAGUCUACUUGGCACAGGCAGAGUUUCCACACAUUUAAGGGAAAUACUUUGCGUUGAUUAUAUCAUGAGAAUUAUUUUUAAUUCUCUUUUCAUUUUCAGCUUCUAUUUCUUCGAGCAGGUCAGAGUUAUAGUUCCUAUCCCUUUUUCAGUGUACUCAAUGCUGAAUGUUCAGAGAGACAGGAAACCUUUAUAUUCCUGCUGGUAAAUUUGGUGUCUGUGAAUUCAGAGUAAGGAGCAUGACCGUAAAAUUAAGCCAUUUCCAAUUUAGAAUUGAAUGGAAAAAGCAGAAGUGUAGACUUGUAUGCAGAAAGAAAUCCUAAAUUCUGUAAGGUCCCAAUGGCGCAGAUAAUUUUGCCCACAGAGCUCCUUUUUACUAAUCAAUAUUGUUUUAAGUAGGUGAUACCAGCCUUAAAAUACCAACAUAGAUGGAAGCCUAGGAAUGGUCCCAGUACUCAAGUGACGCUAGGAUUUUAAAUCUAUUCUCCUCACCAGGACGGGACCUCCAUUCUAGAAGGUUGUGAGGGGAGUCUGUUUUGCUGUCAGAUCAUUGUUCCCUCCCCAACUAACUUUAUCCACCCUUUCCAUUUUAUUGCACUGUCAGUUUUUAACUAGCUCUUGAUUUUGCUAGUAAGUUGAUAAUUAAACAGUACCAGUACUGAGUUUGGGGGUUGAGUUUGAGUUUAAUGAUGCUGAACACAGUUUCCUAAACUAGUCUUUAAGCUUGGCAGACUUGAGCUGUGUGCUACUGGCACAGAGGCCAAAAUGCUUUCAUAUGUAUAUAAUUAUAAAAUAUGCAACACAUACAAAAGAAAUAUAAUUCAUUAUUGAUUUAUGUAUGUAAACUAUUUUUUUCUUCCCCUUGCUGUUUGGGCUGGGGAGGUGUUGUUUUAUGGUGCUGUUUUUGUCACUCCAGAAAUGAUUGCUUCCCAGGUUGAUAACUUAAAAACUCUUUGCAUGUUUUUUAACCAGAGUACAACUAAUUCUACACUACUCAGUCUUAAUUAUUUCUGAUAUUUUAAAGAGAGGGCAUAAAACCUAUUUGCUGUACUUGGAUUCUGGUUAAAAGUACUCUAGCAAGAAUGGUUAGUUCUGUUCAUAUUAUUUGGCUUCCUGGCCAGAGUUUGUUUAGCUCUAUGACAUUGAACUCUAACAAAGAGAGUAUGUCGAUGGACUGUUCAUACCAAGAUAUUGAUAAAUUUCUGAAGGCUGUAGAGUGCAAUAAAAUCUCCAGUGUCAUGUAGUGUUUUGCGCUAUAUUCUCAAACGUGCUACACAGUCAAUUGUGAGCAAAAGGACAAGUGAUUUGAUAUAACAUCCCGCCCAUUUGUCACACUAAACACCGUGUGUCUGUAUCACUAAGUCUGCUAGAGCAGGCUAGAAUGCAGCCACCACAUUUACCCACCUGGAUAUUUUCAAGUAGAACAUAAAGGAAAAAAUCCCUCAUAAAUCUUGAGAUCUUUCGCAAUGACAUGAAUAUGUGUUCAGUCGUGUAAUAACUGUAAUAAUAAUCUGACCUGUUGCUCAAAUCCUAUUGUGACAGCUACCAAGGUAACUAAAUAAUUCUGUAAUAAAAUAUAUAGAUAAUGCUUCAGAUGAAACUACAGAAUUGUUGUAAAAACCUAUCUGGUCUAUUAGUGUUGUUUAAGAAGAAAACAUACCAUCCUUACAUGCACUGGCCUGUAUCUCACUCCAGGCUCACAACAAUGUUGACUCAAAGCAAACUUUUAAUGGAUUUGGACCAAGGGCAAUAAAUGAAUGCUUUGCUAGUGAGACCCACAUCUCAUGAAUGAUUAAAAUAAAUAUAUAAAAUUGGGAAAUGCAUAUCGUGUAUUUUCCAGGAAUUGUUUCUGUCAGAACAUGAAAAUAUAAAGGUGAAACAUCUUGAGUCUCAUUCUUGGGAAUAUAGGUAUCAUUGGCAAUGUUACAUUUAUUGCCCAUCUCCAACUGACUAGAGCAGGUGGUGGUGAGCCUUUGCUUCAAUCUGCUGCGGUCCAUAUAGUGAAGGUAAUUCCACAGUACAAUUUUGUUGGUGGAUAUUGAUCCAUUGGUGAUGAAAGAAUAGCAAUGUCUUUCCAAAACAGUUUGGCACCUGACUUGGAGUGGACAAUGUCACUAUGCUUCCCUGGCCUGGAUGGUGGAAUUUGAUGAGACAGCUAUGACAAUUCUCCUUCCCACUUCCUAAAAUGGUGAUUGUGGAGUGGGUGGAACUGAAAUAUUUUUAAUGGAUUAACAACAACAUUCUAGAAUAGGACAGGUCCUUCAUAAACUGAGAAAUGAAAAGAUAGAUUAAGCAUGGAGACUGGUUUAAGAAGCGCCUUUCAUGUGGGCAUUACAACGUGCUCCCCUUUCAAGGGCAACAUCUCAACUUCUGACCAUAUUCUGCCAUGUAUCUCAUUCUUUAUUUGCAAGCCACUGUGAUAAACAGAGAAAAGUUCCAGGAUAAUUGAAGCACACGGCAAUCUGCUAACCAGUGUGAUUGCUUUCAUUGUACACUUUGGGUACCAAAUACUUGGAGCAAACUGUGGCUUACCUUUGCACAUCCUAGUGGGUUUAUGUUUGGUUGCACAAAACUUUUGCUUCUGGAACCUGGUGGCAUAUGCUUACACCUCGUAACACGAAAAUACCUUAGCUUUUGGUUCAUCUAUGCCCCCAUGACAUUUGUCCUAAAAUCAGAAGGUCUGACAUUGGUACUGUCAAAUUGCUUUGCACAGUAGUGAAGACCACAUCUGUGAUGUGGUUCUUUAAUUUAUUUCUGAUUUUCAUGUCAUUUGAGCAGUAUUAGAUCUAUCAGGGUAAACAAUCAAGGUGGGGAAUGCACCCCGCUGAGACUGUACAGUGGAACUUGAUAUAUUCUCAAUAGGAGCAUGCUUUGCAAUGUGGCUGUGGUUAUACAAGGUAUUCGGAGUAACAUAGCAUAGUUAUGUUACUGGAUUUAGUAAUCCAGAGACAUGGAAUAAUGAUCCAAGUUCAUCAAUCCCACCACAAUAGCUAGGAAAAUUAAAAACAACAUAUUAAAUAAAUCUGUAUUUAAAAUAAAAAUCCAAAAUGGCGAGUGAAACUCCAGGAUUAUUGUUUGCUGAUGACUUUUAAAAGAAGAAAUUUGCUGACCUAAUCUAGUCUGAUCUUCAAAGACACCUACACCAAAAAGUGCCCACUGAAAUGGCCUUGUUAAGACACUCAAUUCAGGAGCAACUUGGAUUGGGGAAGAAGUGCCAGAUUUUGUGAUGCCUACAUCCUGUGAAAUACCUUCUUAAAACUAUUUAAUUACAUUUAUUGGCUAUAUUUUUUCACCCUAAAUGAAAGCAUUUACCUAUAAUAACUUGCAUGUAUUGAAUGCCUUUAACAUAGUAACGUGGCCUAAGGCUUUUCACAGGAGUGUUACCAAACAAAGUUUAAUGCCAGGAUACAAAAUGGGGCAGAUAAUAAAGCUUGGGUGUAGAAUAGACUUUAGGCAAUGUCUUAAGGGAGGAAAGGGAGGUCAAGAAGUUUUAAGAGGGAAUUCCAAAGCUUAGGGUCCAGGCAGUGGUGGAGUAAAGGAAAUCACCAGUGUCCCUGAAGGUGGAAAUUGAAGAUCUCAAAGGUGCAUAGGCUGUUGGACAUUAUCCUAGAGUUCUUUGCAACUGGCAGGUAUCCAUUAUAGUUCCUUUUCUCACUGCUCAAAGCAAACAUGAUAGUUUUAAUAACUAUCAAAUCAAUGGCUUUAAAUGCUGUCUUUGAAUCUUAUUCUGAUGCUGGAACCCGCACAGAGUAGCGUUCUGCUCCCCAGCUUCACUGAAGGAAUGGAAUAAAGCAGAUUGCCACCCUUCAGCGAACAGGUUGCUAAGUGAAAUUAUUUACACCAUCUGUUUAAACUGCGGGGAUUGGAUGGCAUGUAGUGGAAUCUUGUAGUUGGGUGUGCCACCUGUACUGCCAAAUUAAUGUGUGGCACUGCAAGGGCAUAGCUCCGAGCUCAAGUCCUGGCACACUGAAUUCUUUCAAAGAAAUAGGACUGUAAAGUAGUUUUUAUUUCUCCAGGGCUCUGCAACUGGGGGGGAAAAAAAGUGAUUUAGCCAGGAAUAAAUUGCUUUUGGAUCUCACCUUAGGGUAAAUUACGCCAGUCGGAAAAUUCAGCCAGCAGUUUCUAUCAUUUACCAUCCUUGCAAUGCCGAAGUAGUUUCCCUGUCAGGGAUGCGCAUGAUGUCAUUCUCUGUGUAAUGGCCCAUUUAGAACUCUGUGGGGGAGCUCGGACCAUGUUGUUGUAGGGCUGCUGUUUUUGACACUCCUGGUACAACUUGGUCUUAAUCCUGCAGUGCCAACCUGAGAGGCUUCAGGUAAGUGAAAACGUAAUCCUCCUCCCAUCCCAAUAAAUACCACUAACCUAGCAAUUAGCCCCUUCCCAACUCCCAGAUUCCAUUUCCUACACACGUCCAUCACCUUCUCCCACAAAACAUGAUCUUGAUCUUCUCAUCAUCUACUCCUGAUGCUCACCCACUCCCCUUCACAUAUAGGAUCAUCAUCACAAGCCAGCCACCCAAAUGCUAGAAAAGAUAAGAUAUCUUUAUUAGUCACAUGUACAUUUAAACACACAGUGAAAUGCAUCUUUUUGCGUGGAAUGUGCUGGGGGCAGCCCGCAAGUGUCACCAUGCUUCCAGCGCCAACAUAGCGUGCCCACAGCUCCUAACCUGUAUGUCUUUGGAAUGUGGGAGGAAACCGGAGCACCUGGAGGAAACCCACACAGACACUGGGAGAACGUACAAACUCCUUACAGACAGCGGCGGGAAUUGAACCCGGGCCGCUGGCGCUGUAAUAGCGUUACGCUAACCGCUACACUACCGUGCCUGUGCAUCUCAUUCUGUAUCCCAUCACCAGCCAAGGGCCUGAUGCUGGAACUCCUGAGUCCAGCCUCUGGAGAAGAGUAGUGGGCAGCACAGACCAGUUUGGGACUGAAGCCUUGGUCACAGGUAAAUUUUAGUGAUGUAGUAAGAGUCAUUGUCCCACCACAUCCACACCAUUCCUGCCCACUCUGUUCUCAGCCUCCCCUACUUACGAGUCUGGGUGACUGGUAGAUCAUCCUAUCACCGUGGGUGAGGGUGGGAAGAAAAACGUCGUCAACCAGAAAAAAAAAAUCUGACCUUUUGGAAGAAUGCACUUACAAAAAUUAAUGCUCAUCCCUUGAAUGAGUUGGAGUGGUGAGUGAGGUGGGAUAUUUGCACAGAGAAUACAUAAAAAAUAGGACAAAAAUUCCACCUCAUUUCCACUGGCUUCUCUAUAGUGAGUGAGUGUUGGAAUGAUAUGUUUGUAAGCAGUGUUUGAAGGCUGAUAGAUGUGGUGUGGUGAGGGUAUUGGUCUCAAAGACCACAGAUGAAAUUUCUUAAUCUCACUCUGUUGGGGGAGAUGGCUGAAUCUUGUUGCAUUGGAAUUCUUGUCUCAUCAGGUUUGGGUCUCCUGGGAAGAUAUGAAAUGCCUCCUCUUGGCUGGGCAAGUGGGACAUUAGACCUUAAGAAAAUUAAGUAAAUAGCCAUGGUUUAAAAAGUCUUUGGUAAAUUGGGGGAUAUGUAUUUCAAGUGCAGGGGAGUUUGUUUUAGUUGCAAUUUUGGCAAAAAACAGUUUUGGAGCAGGUGAUUUGGAUUUCACCCCAGAUUUAGUCUAGCUAGAUAUUGACAUUGAAAGAGUUUUUGCUACAGAGUUUGGUAUUGAGAUUUUCAGUGUGGAACAACUGGUAAUGUUCUUAGGCCUCCCCUCAAGACCCUUUGCCUUUGAUAUGAGACAAUUUCAACCCCAUCUCCACCUCUUUCCAAUUCCCUCCCCCCAACCCCCCACUAACCCCAUCCCAUUGUGGCACCAAGAAGGCUGUGUGUUAAUUGUUUUCUACCAAUUACAAAAAGAUGUAAAGAAAAUGUAGAAACCUAUUUCACUGCUGCCUAUCAGACCACAUACUAACUGUGCAAUCACAGUGAGCAUUAAGCAUGGUCAGUUCAGUCAAUUGCCAUGUCAACUAAACCAUUGUGUUCUAGUUAAAAGUCCUGAACUGUCACCAUUCCCCUCCAGUGUGACGGGGUGAAAGAAUGCAGGCCUUGAAUCUAACCACUCUCCAGUUGUGCAAUCCCAUUUUAAAGGGAAUGGGCCAUAAAAUAGCUUAAAACGCACGUGUCUGGGAGCAAGUGUAAAUGUUGCAGUAAGCGAGAGCUGAUGAGUUCUUGCUGAUUGUGAAGGCAGAUUGCUGAUGAAAUUGUAAAUGUUAUAGGUUUAUUAUGCUAAAUAUUAUUUGCAUUGUGUAUGUUCUCCCUGUUAAGGAUGUUCUCCUUAUCUUCGGUGCUGUAGAAGGCUUGGGCUCCUCCCAGAGUUAAUUGUAUCUGAUUGAACCUUCCAACAAUCUAUUGAUCCAUUGAGUUUUUUCUUUAAAAUAUCUGUCAAAAUUCCUCCUCAACUUUUUAUUAAUGUUUAUAAGUCGAUGGUCUUCUUUGGAUGAGAGUAGUAGAUUAAAACAUUUCAAUCUGAAUUGAUUUGAAGUAAUGUUUUGAUAUCUAUCAUUGUACAUAAGAAUUUCCCAGCUGGACAUGUUUGCAGAAUACUGACUCUAAAAUAUUGUCGUUGAUUUGCAUGUAGUAAUCAUAAUUUAUUCAUGAAUUGAAAGAUACCGGCCCCAAGACCUUUGAAAUUUCUUCUACAGAAUUUACUACUGAAAUUAAUUUUUUAAAUAUUGAAGUAGAUUUUGUCUAUGUACGUUUCCUGUCUGUAAAAGUCAUUUGUCACAAUUACUUCUGUCCAGCAGUUAACAUUGAAUAGGGAUUUCCACAGGUAAACAGGUCCUGAUAAAAACAUAAGAAGCAGAAGUAGGCCAUUUAGUCCCUCCUCCCUGCUCCACAAUUCCUUAAGAUUGUUGGCUGAUCUUUUACCUCAGUACCACAUUCCUGAACUAACUCCAUACCUCUUGGUUCCCUCUAUAUCCACAAAUCCUCUAUCUUGAGCGAGCCUCCACAGCCAUCUUGGUUAGAGAAUUCUAAAAGUUAACUACCCUCUGGAUGAAGAACUUUCUUCUCAUCUCUGUACUGAAUGGCCAACACCAUGUUUGGAAGGUGGCACCUGGUUCUCGAUACCCGAGUCAGAAGAAAUGUCAUGUCCUGGUCAGGCCGAUUAAGAAUUUUGCACAUUCCAAUGAGAUUAUCUCUCAUUCUUCUAAACUCAAGAGUACAGGCCUAGUCUGCUUAAUUGCUCCUCAUACAAUCACACUACAGUGAGCACCAGGGGUUCCACUGGGGAUCAGUGCCAUUGCCAUACUGUGAGUAUCACCACAAGGGAUACACUGGUCUAUAGAACACAAGGUGGCAUCCAUUGCAGUGCAAAGCAUGUGGUUUCGGGUUCAAUCCCAGUCUGGUGUUAAUUCAGGUGGCAGUCCACAUGAUAGCUUCUGUGCACACUUGGCUAGAUGGAGUCGAGGAGUAAUAAUCCUGCUCAUUGUCCACUGACACCUUUUAGAACUGUUUGGACGUUGAGUGUGCAAAGGAUUGGGCUUGGAAAUUGAGCAAUUUGCCAAACAAAAUGUUGACUGUUUUGACUUGGAAUGCCAAUGGAAUUGCAUUCCAGCAAGACUCUGUUUUUAGGGCAGGGAGAGGGAGGUAUCCGCAAAAGACCGUAAAAGGGUUGAGAGGAUGAGAGUGGUUCAAGCCUUCAACUACCUCAGAACAGGAGAACAUUCCUCCCUUCUCUCUGCCCACAGUAUGGCCACUGUGGCAGGAAACCUGGUCUGUAAAUACUUGCUACGUUUAACAUUUAACUAUUCAGUGUUAGAACUGAUUUAUUUUUUUUCUCAGCAGGAGGAAUCUCAACAGCUUUUAGAGUAACUACAUCAAAACCUGCACUAACAGCCACUUCGGAGUGGCAGCAUUUUAAAACAGUUUAAAAAAAAUUGCUGCAUUUUAAAUAAAAAUAAUGUCUGGUUGAUAUUUUUUUCCAGUUGUGAUGUCCUGCAGUCAUUUCCAUGGAGAAACACAAAAAAAAAUAAAAAUCCAUAUUAUUGA